UUUAUAAAUAUCACCUUACUAUAAUUUUAUUAUAUGCUUUUUAUCACCCCUUAUAUAAGACCAUUUCGGCUUAUCAAUAGAUACGGUCAUACACUUCUCAGUUCUCACCCAACCUAAAAAAAAAAACUUUAUUUUUUACUCUGAAGUCUUGACUGAAACCUAAAACAAUGCCAGAAAGAUACUUCUCUGGGAAAUACAAGCUCACCAAGCUUCUAAGCAACGGUGCCUACGCUAAGGUCUACCAAGCCCGGGACACUCGUACCGGGGAGACCGUGGCGAUUAAGUCGUUCGAAUCGGCUGACAACCUUGACGUGGUCGAGAUACAGGCUAUGAGCCGGCUAAAUCAUCAACAUGUCACCAAACUUGUCGAAGUCAUAGCUGCAGCUGGAAGCGGCCAAGUCUUUGUCAUAACAGAAUUUGCGAAAUGCGGCGACUUGUUUGAGAUGAUCGCAAAGCGAGGUCCUCUUGCGGAGGAUCUCUCACGUCAUUACUUCCAGCAGUUGAUCUCCGCUGUCAAGCACUGCCACUCCCGAGGGGUUUACCACCGCGAUAUCAAACCCGAAAACCUCCUCCUAGACGACAAGUGGAGCCUCAAGCUAUCAGAUUUCGGCCUCUCAGCGAUCAUCGAUGACCCGACCCAACCCGGACCGAUGCUGACAGAACCAUGUGGGACCGUCGAGUAUGCGGCACCGGAGGUGAUCAUGGCUGGGAGAGGUGGAGGGUACGAUGGGGCGAAGGCGGAUGUGUGGUCAUGUGGUGUUGUUUUGUAUGUAUUGAGUGCAGGGUUUUUACCCUUUGAUGGAGAAGGUGAUCUAGAGGAGAUGGUGGAGAAGAUGAAGAGAGGGGAGUUCAGAUUGCUUAAGAAAAUGUCCACUGGUUUAAAGUGGUUGUUGUUAAGGUUAUUGGAUCCGAACCCAGAAACCCGGAUUAGUAUUGAUGAAAUUAUACAAGACAAAUGGUUUCGACAGGGGUAUGAAGAACUAAGUGAGGAAGAAUGAUCAGAUAAUAACUGGAGUAAAUGUGUAUAAAUUUUCUUUUGUUUUGGGGGAUUUAUUGCUGAAAGGUUGUAAAUUUUGGGGAUUUAAAGGUUUUUUUUUUUAUAUAAUUUAGGAUUUUGGGUUGCUCCUCCGUUUUAAGAGGAUGAGAUAAUUAAUUAAAGCAAAUGUAUCUAAUUUUGUGUUUAUAAAUAAUUAACAGUUAAGAUACACUUCUUAAGUUCUGAUUUCUUAAA